GUCGCCGUUGCAAAUGUUUGACUUUCCGGCACUCUUUUUACGUUGACAACAUUGACAAAAAAACCUAAUGACGAGGCUUUUCCAUGCGUGAUAUAUCCUUGGCAACAAUAUGAUCUGUGAUAAUAGAUUUUAAAGCAUCCUUUUACGCUUUUACGCUUUUUCUUAUUUUUUGGUUUUUAUACUUUUUGUUUUUCUUUUUUCUUUUUUUUUCCGCACGGUGAUCAGCAGGAACCCCAUUCAAUGUAUGAAGGCUGGUCUCAGCGUGUUGAGCAUGCAUGCACUUUGUAUUGGUAUCGUGUGCGUGACGUUCUCAGUUAUCUUCACGAAUUACGGCUCUAUAUUCUUGACUCUCCAGGCAAAUUGUCUUCCACGUACAUUCCUCGACUCGUACCUAUCCCUUGUCCAGCAACAAGAACAACACGGUUCCCGGAUCAAGGCGCUUACAUCUGUGAGGGAUUUGGACACUGGAACGAAAAUAUCGAUCAUUUAACCCUGUUCGUUUCGGUGAUGGUAUAUCCUCAUAAAUUGGAACGUGUGUAUGGAGACCUGCGAUCGCAAGGGGAUUUGGAAAUCAUGGUGUUCCAGUACAUGAACGAUAUUUUACGUAGUCUUGAGAUGUUUCAUGACGUUUUCACUCGAGAGUCUUUUGAACGACACUACGAUUUAACUUGGACCGAACCACCCGCCUCCCCUGAAGAAUCCAAAUCCACGGGAAGUAGAGCAUCGUAAUCUUCAUCAACAUUUUUAUGGAAAACUCAUUUUUUUCCU